AUGAGUGACCAGGACUACCCAGUACCACCACCCCAUCGCUACGUCGAUUCGGCGCGACACAAUUCCACCAUCACCCCCGACGUCGAUAAUCUUGGCCCCUCCUCUGUCGGCGGUGGGAUCAGUGGCAUCGCCCUUGGAGUAGCGAACAGUCACGACCGCCUAAGCGGCAUCGAGGCAGUCCACAACAUGGACCGUGAUGGCUUCGCCGGGCCCUCUGAGCGCGGCUUCCACACCAGCGGCUCGGAUAACCCCUACGUGCCACCUGCUGGCUACGGCAGCGCGGAAUCUCUACGACCGGAACAGUCGUAUGGCUCUAAUAUGGCUUUAGGUGCCGCGGCUGCCUCGCCUGGCUUGCAGACUCCCGGUCGGUCUUCGGCGCAUCUUAGCGACGGUUCCAACAGACGCAGUAUGUUGGAUAACCAGCACCCCGGUCCAUAUGUGGGUGGGAUCGUGAGAGAUGACCCUUAUCAACGACACUCUCAGUACGGUGCUGGGGACAUGCAGGCCGAAAUUAACCCAGAUGAGAUCGCCGAUGAUGGCGAGGAUGAGUUCGGGCCUAGGGCGGCACCUGUCGCGACUGGUGGUGCGGGUGGUGCUGCUGCCGGUGGGGUGCUUGGUGGGUUGUUUGGAAAUAACAGGAAUGCCGGUCCUUCCUACGGGCCUGUUCCUGGCGGUGGCUUGGAAGCUGGGGUCGGGGAGAAGAAGCCACCUAGAACUGGGAUGUCGGCGCGGAAGAAGCGAGGGUUGCUCGUUGGGAUCAUUCUUGGUCUCAUCAUCCUUGGUGCCAUUGUUGGUGGUGCGGUUGGAGGAACGAUUGGGAACAAGGGCAGCAAGGAUGGGCCCUCGUCUGGUAAUGAUCAGUCGGCGGAUGAGGAUACAAAAGAGAAUGGGGAUCUCAAUAAAGACUCGGCUGAAAUUAAGGCGCUCAUGAACAACAAGGACUUGCACAAGGUCUUCCCUGGCAUGGAUUACACGCCUUGGGGUGUACAGUACCCAUUGUGUCUGAAGUACCCGCCUUCGCAAAACAAUGUCACUCGUGACUUGGCUGUGCUCUCGCAGUUGACCAACACUGUUCGACUCUACGGCACAGAUUGCAACCAGACCGAGAUGACCCUGCACGCGAUUGACAGGUUGGGACUGACCGACAUGAAGGUUUGGCUGGGUGUGUGGAUCGAUACCAACCAGACCACGACCACGCGCCAGCUCAACCAGCUCAACCACAUUCUCGACGAUACCAAGGACCCUUCUAUCUUCAAGGGCAUUAUUGUGGGCAACGAAGCUCUGUAUCGUGCAGGCCCCGACAUCGCGACUGCCGAAAAGAACGUCAUCAGCUACAUCAACGAUGUCCGCGACUCACUCAAGAAGCGCAGCCUCGACAUGCUAGUCUCCACGUCCGACCUCGGAGAUAACUGGAACGCCCAGCUCGUCAAGGCAGUUGACGUCGUCAUGUCCAACGUCCACCCCUUCUUCGCCGGCGUCAACGUGGACGUAGCAGCAUCCUGGACCUGGAAUUUCUGGCAAAACCACGAUGUCGUCCUGACCGCAGGCACCGGCAAGAAACAGAUCAUCUCCGAGGUUGGAUGGCCCAGCGGCGGUGGCAAAGACUGUGGUGCUAGUCCAACUUGCGACUCCGAUACCCCAGGAUCAGUGGCAAGCAUCGACAACAUGAACACAUUCAUGUCCGACUGGGUCUGCCAAGCUCUGGAGAACGGCACUGACUACUUCUGGUUCGAAGCCUUUGAUGAGCCAUGGAAAAUCCAAUUCAACACCCCCGGCAAGGACUGGGAAGACAAGUGGGGACUAAUGGAUCAAGCACGCAAGAUCAAACCCGGUCUCCAAAUCCCAUCCUGCAACGGCAAAACCGUCUCAUAA